GUCUAGAGACACUUGUAUAGCGUGUGGACUAGGCCGAUGCUAGCUCAUGGCCAAUGAAGUAAUUGUUCUUUUAUACGUGAAAAAGACAUGGAGUCAUUUAUUCUUCUAAUUAUCCCAAUCUAGUAGCCGACUAAUUGCGCUUUUCUCGUUUAUCUAUAGCAUCUAAUCUCUAGCCCGAGACUGUUUGACAGCUGGUCAGUAUCACGCAUAGACUAGGUGUUUGAUAUAAGCAAACCCUGUUUACUCGACACUGUCAUGGGAGGUCAUUGAAACCUCCAAAGUGACUGGAACAACAAAAGUGAAAUACCCAUUGUCUCCCCAUUCCCGACCACGACACUUCAGACGACACCGACUACCAUAUCCAUCCACGCAAAAAGGCUCAACAGUGAAUUCAAAUUGACCAAUGUAAUCUAAAAAUCGGAACUUGUUUCCCCCGAGUUUGUGAUAAUGAAAUUAGAUCGCUCAAUUAAGAGAUUAGGGCCAACGCUCACCGAGAUAUACAUUAUCCCGCUUGCAGUUUCAAACCCCCAAAAAUAUUCCCACGACAACAAUUCUCAAUCCCCGAUCUCCAGCCUCCAACCUCCAACCUCCAACCUCAACAAACAAUCAAGACAACGAGUCAAAAAAGUUUCUAGACUUUCUUUCAUCUUUCUAUGUAUUGCAUUUCGAUGACACCAAAUCUUUGAUUCUUGCCAUUCAAUCUUUUGCGCUCUCUAUCACAUCCCUUUCCGACCACGGUUCUGAGGGUUUUUGUUUAUUUGAUAUCUGCCUCUCUAUUUUGGUAACCAAGGGAUCAAUAUUUCGCUCCUUGGUUUAAUUUGAUAUCCAAACUCUCUAUUUGAUUGAUCUCUACAAGGCCACAUAUUUUGGUUUCUUUCGUUUGAUACACUCCUUGCCACAUCCAUUCCAAAGAUAUCACCAUUGUCGCAUCACAUUCCCGGCAAGAUGGCGAAGCCAGCAGAGGAUUCAGUGGGGAUGCCAGCACCAAAGCCAAAGUUGACAGCAGCACAGAAGAAAAAGGCAGACAAAGAAUUGUUAUUGCAGGAAGAAUCAAGACAAGCAAGAGAGCAAAAACAAGAAGUGGAGAAGAGCGUUCAAAUUGACCAAGAGGCGAAAGCAAAGGAAGAUGAAAAUGAUCGAAGUGAUGUCGGCCUGAUUUUCAAUAAAUCAAAUCGAAGUGAACACAAUGAUUACUGGUUGGCUCAUCAAGCUCUUCAAUCUGGGAAUCUGGAACAGUUGAGUAAGGAACAAUCAGCUCUUGCUGAGGCGUCAAAUCAACAAAAUGAGAGAUCAUCAAUCGAUCACAAACUUGCACAAGAAGCCGAUGUACCAGAACAAUGGAGUUCAACCGCCAAAGCAGACGCAUCUACUCUACAAGGUUCAUUUCAAUAUUCCAACGUAUCUAUGAAGUAUCAAAAAAUGCAAACGGAUGAUGUUAUCAAGGCCUCGACUGAUGUUAUGCCGAAUUAUGGCAAACCUUGGGCUGGAUCCGCAGAAGAGACUUCUCAUGUUUGGAUUAUCCUCAUUGGUCAAUUUGGAAUUGGCGAUUCAGCUCAUGCCACUGCAGUGUCAGCAAAGCUGCGCUGUGCAGAGAUCAAGUUACGUUGGUCCGUUCAUCUCCAAACUCUCUGCCUCCCCCUUCGUGGUGGAAUCAUCAAACUCCUCGAAAACAUCCAAAUUCAGAAUUUGAAAGAAGUUGCGGCAAUUGUCGAAAAAAAUCCCUUGGAUGAUCUACCUGAGUCUGAAACAAAGGCUGUUGAAGCUGCUCCAGUGGAUUGGGCUGAUAGGCAAGACGAGUCAUUUCUCAAUCUCAACACCACGAAGAAGAAGAAGAAGCCGAGGAGAAAGGCCGUGCCAACUAUUGAAAGUAUUCUCUCAGACAUCGACGAGGACGAAAAUGUAGAAGUCAUUAAUGAUGAUGCCGUUGUCGUUGCGGGGGCCAUUGAGCUUCCUAAAAAGGCGGUAAAACCCAGAGCGAGGAAGGGAAAGGCGGUCAAGGCUGUUGAGGUUGAUUCUGAAGCCAUUGGUGAUGAUGGGACCGUUGAGACCCCAAAUCAAGCUCCCGUCAAGGUGAAAAAGCCAAGAGCUAGAAAGACAAAGACUACUGGCACUACUGACGUUGUUCCGGAAGCCGCUAACAAUGAAGACAUCCAGGGGCCCAUUGAAGCUCCUAAGAAGGUAUCAAAGCCCCGAGCUAGCAGACCCAAGGCGGCCAAGAUUCUUGAGAUUGAUUCUGAAGUCGACAACGAUGAUGACAAGAAUGAUGGACUUGGGGUUCCUAAGAAUCCAUUCUCGCAAUCAAAUCAAGGAGAUUCCCAAGUCCACGCGGUCAAGAAGUCAACUGCAAAGCCGAGAGCGGCAGCCAAGAAACCCCAAGCUAAAGACGAGAGCGAAGAUGAGGAUGAUGAUGUCCCAAACAUUGCAAAUUCACGCCCCCCAAGAUCCAGAGCAGUUUCAAAGGCAAUCGUAGUCAUUGACAGUGAUGAUGAUGAUGAUGAUGAUCAGGGAGGCCAAGCAAAAUCCGACAAGAAAAAGCCAGCACCCAGGAAAGUCGCCACGAAGAGUCAGAAAACAGCUGAAACAGAGGUUCCUAAACACAUUCAAGCUCUUCUUGACAAUACAGGCACGUUUUUGGCGGGUAGAACAUUUGUGGUUUCCGGAACCCUCCCUACUGUCGGCCGCAUAAACACCGAAAAGCUGUCAAGGCUGUAUGGUGCCAAAACAUCAAGAGCAAUUACCAAGGCGACCACAGAUGUUGUUUUGGGCGAUAACCCUCUAGCUAAGCAAGUGAAGGAGCUUAAGGAUCUCAGUCCUAAUACUAUGGAUGUUGAUGCUUUCAUCGCUAUGCUGACGUCGUUGUCAAAGUAUAAUAACAAUCUUGUCGGCGGUGAUGAUGGUGAGGAUGGUGAGGAAGAGAUUGAGGAUCAGCCCCCUGCAAAACGAACCAAGUUAGGUAUGGAUCUCAGCUCUGCCUCUUCUGCGCUUGUUUAAUCUUUCUCGAAUUCGUUGGCCUGUACAUUAGGGGCAAUUUGUGAAUACCGGGCGCAUAGGCUCUUUCACCCAACACAUGGCAUUGUAUUUUAAAUACAGGCGAUGGUGAUGUAAACUUACAGUUUCACGAUUCUACGAUUCUUCUAUCAUUCGAUUUUACGGUUCACAAUUUCUCGACCUCA